AGGAGAGAAAGGGCUCGGGAGCGAAGACAGCCGCUCCGGGAGCUGCCCUCCCUGCCCGCGGAGGACUCGCCCAGGCGCUCUCCGAGUGGAGGUUGGGAGCAUUUGCAGCAGAAAUUUGGGUUUUCCCUCCCCCCUCCAUACAUUCUCUCCCUCCUCCUCCCCCUUUUCCAAUUUUUCUUCUUCCCGGGAAGUGGAUUGCCGAUGCCGAGAGGACUUUAUUCAUUAAUGAUGCAACCGGAUUCGUUUCAGGAUUAUGUUGCACGAAUUGAAUUUUGAAUGAAGGAGUUUUUUUUUUUUUGAAAGAAGUGUUGACUCUUUAGUUCGUUGUACUUUUAAUUAUUAUUUUAUUUAAACAUACAACUUAAUUGUAUUAUCCUCUUACAAAUAUUAAAUCUAUAUUUUAUGGAAACUUACCCUCAAGAUAUAUAUGUUUAUGGGUGAAAUCGAAGACGCUUCCGUUAAGUGAGGUGACUGGCGUGUUGGAUGUUUAAUUCAGCACCGGCAUUGCAUGACAGUUGUUGAAAUAACAAGUGGUUUAUUUUUUAAAACCACACCUUUAAAAUUUUAGGCACAGAUAGUGACAGUAGACGUCGUAAGGGCAAUUAAGAGAAGGCCAGAAGCAGCAAUCGAAGCAACCAUGUCCGGAGAAGUGCGUUUGAGGCAGUUGGAACAGUUUAUUCUGGAUGGGCCAGCGCAGACCAAUGGGCAGUGCUUCAGUGUGGAGACUCUACUGGACAUUCUCAUCUGUCUCUAUGAUGAAUGCAAUAAUUCUCCACUGAGAAGAGAGAAGAACAUUCUUGAAUAUCUAGAAUGGGCUAAACCAUUUACUUCUAAAGUGAAACAAAUGCGAUUACACAGAGAGGACUUUGAAAUAUUAAAGGUGAUUGGUCGAGGAGCCUUUGGGGAGGUUGCUGUAGUUAAACUGAAAAAUGCAGAUAAAGUAUUUGCCAUGAAAAUUCUGAAUAAGUGGGAAAUGCUGAAAAGAGCUGAGACAGCAUGCUUUCGUGAGGAGAGGGAUGUGCUGGUGAAUGGGGACAACAAGUGGAUAACAACUCUGCACUAUGCUUUCCAGGACGACAACAACCUAUACCUGGUUAUGGAUUAUUAUGUUGGUGGGGAUUUACUUACUCUGCUCAGCAAAUUUGAAGAUAGAUUGCCUGAAGACAUGGCUCGGUUUUACUUGGCUGAGAUGGUGAUAGCCAUUGACUCAGUUCAUCAGCUUCACUAUGUGCACAGAGACAUUAAACCUGACAAUAUAUUGAUGGAUAUGAAUGGACAUAUUCGUUUAGCAGAUUUUGGUUCUUGUCUGAAGCUGAUGGAAGAUGGAACGGUCCAGUCUUCAGUGGCAGUUGGAACUCCAGAUUAUAUUUCUCCUGAAAUCCUUCAAGCUAUGGAGGAUGGAAAAGGCAGAUAUGGACCUGAGUGUGACUGGUGGUCUCUGGGGGUCUGUAUGUAUGAGAUGCUUUAUGGAGAAACACCUUUCUACGCUGAAUCUCUGGUGGAGACAUAUGGAAAAAUCAUGAAUCACAAAGAGAGGUUUCAGUUUCCACCCCAAGUGACUGAUGUGUCUGAAAAUGCAAAGGAUCUUAUUCGAAGACUUAUUUGUAGCAGAGAACAUCGACUUGGCCAAAAUGGAAUAGAAGACUUUAAGAAACAUCCAUUUUUCAGUGGAAUUGAUUGGGAUAAUAUUCGAAACUGUGAAGCACCUUAUAUUCCAGAAGUCAGUAGCCCAACAGAUACAUCAAAUUUUGAUGUGGAUGAUGACUGUUUAAAAAAUUCUGAAACAAUGCCUCCACCAACACAUACUGCAUUUUCUGGCCAUCAUCUACCAUUUGUUGGUUUUACAUAUACUAGUAGCUGUGUUCUUUCUGACCGGAGCUGCUUAAGAGUCACAGCAGGUCCCACCUCACUGGAUCUUGAUGUUAAUGUCCAGAGGACUCUAGAUAAUAACCUAGCAACUGAAGCUUAUGAAAGAAGAAUUAAGCGACUGGAACAGGAAAAACUUGAACUUACUAGAAAACUUCAAGAGUCAACACAGACUGUUCAGGCUUUGCAGUAUUCAACUGUUGAUGGUCCACUAACAGCAAGCAAAGAUUUAGAAAUCAAAAGCCUGAAAGAAGAGAUUGAAAAGCUAAGGAAACAAGUAGCAGAAGUGAAUCGUUUGGAGCAACAACUUGAAGAAGCUAAUUCUGUGAGACGAGAGCUAGAUGAUGCUUUUAGGCAAAUCAAGGCUUUUGAAAAACAAAUCAAAACUUUGCAGCAGGAAAGAGAUGAGCUAAAUAAGGAACUAGUCCAGGCUAGUGAGCGAUUAAAAAACCAAUCCAAAGAGCUGAAAGACGCACACUGUCAGAGGAAACUGGCCAUGCAGGAGUUCAUGGAGAUCAAUGAACGACUAACAGAAUUGCACACUCAAAAACAGAAACUUGCUCGCCAUGUCCGAGAUAAGGAAGAAGAGGUGGACCUGGUGAUGCAAAAAGCUGAGAGCUUAAGGCAGGAGCUGCGCAGAGCAGAAAGAGCCAAGAAAGAGCUGGAAGUUCACACUGAAGCUCUAAUUGCUGAAGCAUCAAAGGACAGGAAGCUGCGUGAGCAGAGCGAGCAUUAUUCUAAACAACUGGAAAAUGAAUUGGAGGGACUGAAGCAAAAACAAAUUAGUUACUCACCAGGAAUAUGCAGCAUAGAACAUCAGCAAGAGAUAACUAAACUGAAAACUGACUUGGAAAAGAAAAGUAUCUUUUAUGAAGAAGAAAUAUCUAAAAGAGAAGGAAUACACGCAAGUGAGAUUAAAAAUCUGAAGAAGGAACUGCAUGACUCCGAAGGCCAGCAACUUGCUCUCAACAAAGAAAUUAUGGUUUUAAAAGACAAAUUGGAAAAGAACAGGAGAGAAAGUCAAAGUGAAAGGGAAGAAUUUGAAAAUGAGUUCAAACAACAAUAUGAACGGGAAAAAGUAUUACUAACUGAAGAAAAUAAAAAGUUAACAAGUGAACUUGAUAAGCUGACCACGUUGUAUGAGAGCUUAAGUUUGCGCAACCAGCACUUAGAAGAAGAGGUCAAAGAUCUAGCAGACAAGAAAGAAUCAGUUGCCCACUGGGAAGCUCAAAUCACAGAAAUAAUCCAGUGGGUGAGUGAUGAAAAGGACGCCCGAGGUUAUCUUCAGGCCUUAGCUUCUAAAAUGACUGAGGAAUUGGAAGCGUUAAGAAAUUCCAGCUUGGGGACACGAGCAACAGAUAUGCCCUGGAAAAUGCGUCGUUUUGCAAAACUGGACAUGUCAGCUAGACUAGAGUUGCAAUCAGCUCUGGAUGCAGAAAUUAGAGCUAAGCAGGCCAUCCAGGAAGAACUGAAUAAGGUUAAAGCAUCAAACAUUAUAACGGAAUGUAAACUGAAGGAUUCAGAGAAGAAGAACUUGGAACUACUAUCCGAAAUUGAGCAGCUGAUAAAGGACACCGAAGAGCUUAGAUCUGAAAAGGGUAUAGAGCACCAAGACUCACAGCAUUCUUUCUUGGCAUUUUUGAAUACGCCUACCGAUGCUCUGGAUCAAUUUGAACGCUCCCCGUCCUGUACUCCAGCUAGCAAAGGCAGACGUAUUGCAGACUGUGCUCCACUUCCAGUUCACACGCCAACCUUAAGGAAAAAAGGAUGCCCUGCUUCAGCUGGCUUUCCACCUAAGCGCAAGACUCAUCAAUUUUUCGUGAAGUCUUUCACUGCCCCUACAAAGUGCCAUCAAUGCACCUCCUUGAUGGUUGGCUUGAUAAGACAGGGCUGUUCCUGUGAAGUGUGUGGGUUCUCGUGUCAUAUAACGUGUGUGAACAAAGCUCCGACUGCUUGUCCGGUUCCUCCUGAGCAGACUAAAGGUCCACUUGGUAUAGACCCACAGAAGGGAGUAGGGACAGCGUAUGAGGGCCAUGUCAGGAUCCCUAAGCCAGCUGGAGUGAAGAAAGGGUGGCAGAGAGCACUGGCUGUAGUCUGUGAUUUCAAACUAUUUCUCUACGAUAUUGCGGAAGGAAAAGCAUCUCAGCCCAGCUCUGUCAUUAGUCAAGUGAUUGACAUGAGAGAUGAAGAAUUUUCUGUGAGUUCAGUCUUGGCUUCUGAUGUUAUUCACGCAAGUCGAAAAGAUAUUCCCUGUAUAUUUAGAGUCACAGCUUCCCAGCUCUCAGCACCUAGUAACAAAUGUUCCAUCCUGAUGCUUGCCGACAGUGAGAAUGAGAAGAGUAAGUGGGUGGGAGUCCUGAGUGAACUACACAAGAUUUUGAAGAAAAACAAAUUCAGAGACCGCUCUGUGUAUGUUCCCAAAGAGGCCUAUGACAGCACCCUACCCCUCAUUAAAACAACGCAGGCAGCUGCAAUCAUAGAUCAUGAAAGGAUAGCCUUGGGAAAUGAAGAAGGAUUAUUUGUUGUGCAUGUCACCAAAGAUGAGAUUAUUAGAGUUGGUGACAAUAAGAAAAUUCAUCAGAUUGAACUCAUUCCAAGUGAUCAGCUUGUUGCAGUGAUCUCGGGCCGAAAUCGCCAUGUCCGACUUUUUCCUAUGUCAGCUUUGGAUGGGCGAGAGACAGAUUUUUAUAAGCUGGCAGAAACUAAAGGGUGUCAAACCAUAACUGCUGGGAAAGUGCGCCAUGGAGCCCUGUCCUGCCUGUGUGUGGCUAUGAAAAGACAGGUCCUCUGCUAUGAGCUGUUCCAGAGCAAGACCCGACACAGGAAAUUUAAGGAAAUUCAAGUCCCAAGUAAUGUCCAGUGGAUGGCCAUUUUCAAUGAGCAACUUUGUGUAGGAUUCCAGUCGGGAUUUCUCAGAUACCCCUUGAAUGGAGAAGGAAGUCCAUGCAAUAUGCUCCAUUCAAAUGACCACACACUAUCAUUCAUUGCACAUCAACCAAUGGAUGCUAUCUGUGCAGUUGAGAUAUCCAACAAAGAGUAUUUGCUGUGUUUUAACAGCAUUGGGAUAUACACAGACUGCCAGGGCCGAAGAUCUAGACAACAAGAAUUGAUGUGGCCGGCAAAUCCUUCCUCUUGUUGUUACAAUGCACCUUAUCUCUCCAUUUAUAGUGAAAAUGCAGUUGAUGUCUUUGAUGUAAACUCCAUGGAAUGGAUACAGACUCUUCCUCUCAAAAAGGUCCGACCUUUAAACACUGAAGGAUCAUUAAAUCUUUUAGGGUUGGAGACUAUUAGAUUAAUAUAUUUCAAAAAUAAGAUGGCAGAAGGGGAUGAACUUGUAGUUCCUGAAACAUCAGAUAAUAGUCGAAAACAAAUGGUUAGAAAUAUCAACAACAAGCGGCGUUACUCCUUCAGAGUCCCAGAGGAGGAAAGGAUGCAACAGAGGAGGGAGAUGCUACGAGAUCCAGAAAUGAGAAAUAAAUUAAUUUCUAACCCAACUAAUUUUAACCACAUAGCACACAUGGGUCCUGGAGAUGGAAUACAGAUCCUAAAAGACCUGCCCAUGCCAGGUUUCCCUUAUCCAUCCCCUCAUCACCACUCCGGUCUGAUCUCCUCUCCGAGCAACUUUGAGCACAUCUAUCACAUGACUGUCAAUUCUGCUGAACAGUUUCUCUCUCCUGAUUGCAUAAACCCUGAGUACCCCCCGUCCCUGCGCUCUGCCCCUGGUACACCACACUCUGUGACUCUGAGGAACCCACGUCCUCAGGAAAGCCGGACAGUAUUCAGUGGCUCCGUCAGUAUUCCCUCCAUCACCAAGUCCCGCCCUGAACCAGGCCGCUCCAUGAGUGCUAGCAGUGGCCUGUCUGCACGGUCAUCAGCCCAGAAUGGCAGUGCGCUGAAGAGGGAAUUCUCUGGAGGAAGCUACAACACGAAGCGACAGCCAAUGCCCUCUCCCUCAGAGGGCUCUUUAUCAUCAGGAGGUAUGGACCAAGGAAGUGACGCCCCUGCGAGGGACUAUGACGGAGAGGACUCUGAUUCGCCGAGGCAUUCCACAGCUUCCAACAGCUCCAACUUGAGCAGUCCCCCAAGCCCUGUUUCACCCCGAAAGACCAAGAGCCUCUCUCUGGAGAGCACAGACCGCGGGAGCUGGGAUCCAUGAGCCCAGGACUGUGGUGGCCACAGGCAAGGGACUCUGUACCCCGACAACGUGCCUGGCAGCAGCAUCACCUUAGCACUGCUGCAAUAAGGAUUCCUCCGCAGCCAGGCCCGCUUUACCCUCCCCCUCCAGGUAGCUUUGUAGACAGACUGCGCAGACGCAGCGCUAAGAGUAGACAGGUUGUGUUCUCACCGUAGUCCUCACGUAGCGCCCAGCAGCCUCCAUGAGCGUCAGCCCGACUGUUGCCAGGAAAUAAAUCCUCACGACUUAAAACAAUGCAUAUUUUACUACAAUACAGAGUUUAAAUAAAUACAUAAAUGUAGAAGUUAAAUACUGAAUGUAUAUAGUCAAAGAAGCAUCUUGUGUUUGAUGAAAGAUGGAUGCGUAUAUAAGAAAGAUCAUUUAAUUUAAAAAAAAAUGUGUUGUUUCUUGUCUGUUUGCCAGCUAAGUCAUAUACAGGGUAGAAAGGCCUCAAGUGACAUUUGUAAAGAGAGCAGAAGUCAGGUCCCCUCUCCCAACCCCCGUGGUGUCUGUUCUCAAGCUGUGGGCAGGCUGCGGUCCUAUGGAAAUGUAAGGAAUGUGUAGAGAUUAGUGCCAUUGAUGGGGUGUGAUCUGGACACCACAGGGGGCACAGAGACACACUCACCUGCCUCCCAGGGCAUUUCCUUCUUUAGUGAUGGAUUUGAACAUGUCCCCUUACUAUAUUUUGAUAUAUCGCACAGAUGAAUGUGAAAGACUAUUCUGUCAUCUUUUGACCCUUCCCAUCAUAAAGGGCACAGUCAUGGCUUCUGAAGGUCAUCGAAUGGUUUGUGUAGCCUAUUUUGUCCUGGCUAAAUCCUGUCCCUCCCUAGGUUGCAGUGAGUCUGUUUGGACUGGGCACAGUUUCCCAAUGGGAGCCUGUUUGGUUAAGGGUAGUUGUAAACUUCCUCUAAACACUCCUGGGGAAAGGGUUUCUUUCUUCCUACUAAGUCAUGUGAAACCUCAGAAGCAUGGGCUUGAACGGCCUUGACCAAAUAUGCCUUCCCACUGGAGGGGACUGUGGAGUCUGUGCAUGGGUCCAAGGUGUGCUGGCUGCCGUGGAUUGUCGGCCAGCUUCCACUCUGGAUAUCUGCUGCUGUACUUGUCUAAGGAAGCAAGAUGGAGACCAGAACUCAUCUCUGCCCAUGUGUUUCACCACCUAAGAACACAAAGAAAAGAUGGAAACUAUAAUAUCCCAUGCAAAUAAAGAGGCCCUGCCACUCUUUGUUUUUACCUCUUUUGGGUUGAAAAAAAACCACUGUUUCUCCCCACUUUAAACACACCUAAAAUAAUUUCUGGAUUAUUAUUAACCUGCCUGGCAUGCUGACACUUGGCACAGAUUCCUGAGGUGUGCUGCCUUAUGGAGGAGGUUACAGUUGGGGAGGGGCAGGGAUGGUGAUGGAGGCACUUCUGAUAGGGUCUGUUUAACAGCUUUGACAUCUAGAUUUUCCACUGGCUCAGACAUGAGUACAUUUUGUUUUGGAUGGGCCUUGCUCUGUUCUAAUCUGAAUCACUUUGCUUUGGAAAAGUAUAUUUGUGUGCAUCCAAAAAUAAGGAUCAGAUCUUGAGUUUGGUCAGAGCCUUAUUGUUGUAUCUGCCUGGACUUGGCAGAUUGCCUUGAUAGACCUGGCUCCCCUCCCCUCUGCCCGCCCUUCCCUCUCCUUCCCAGGGAGAACACUGACAGGACUCACCCUGAGCCUUUGGUUUGUAGCUUUGACAACCAGUUGUGGAUUUUUGUUGCCUACAGGUGCUUGUUUGUAAAAGAGCCCUUUUUGAGUCCCACCCAAGCUCUACCCCCUGGUUCCCUGUGGACUGGCCCAGAACGGGGUGGGGUUCUCCUAAUAACCACUGUCUUACUGGACUUACCCCAGCCUUACAUGAAGAGUGUUCCAUCAGAAGCUGUGGAGGAGGAUGAUGGACAGGUUUCCAGGAGCAGAAACAAAGGUCCCUCAGAGCAGUGGAUAACAGACCAGAGCAAAGGCCUGUGGCCCUGCUUGAGAUCACUCUCCCUAACCCGUGCAAGGUAUUUGAAAGUGUACAGCAGCAGGAAUUGAUCUCUUAAGUGGAAAAAAAAAAUGGCAUCAAAGCCAUUUCUGGCAUAGUGUCUAUGCGUUAGUACUUGGUGCUAUGUCCAGCCUGUUUGCUAUUUAUUGGCCCUUGAAUUCUGGCUAAUUUGUUAAUGUGAGUUUUAGGUGGGUAUACAAAUGUAUUACAUUUUGUUUUAUUUUGUUUUGUUUUUUGCCAAAAACAAGCUUUCCUGACAAUGAUUGCUAAAGCAGGCUUCACUUAAAAUAUAUUUAUCUGUGUGCACACUCCCUGUGCUUAGCCAUUUGCCUUCUUUCCCAGUGAGCACAGCUUUAAGACUGAGGGGGAUAACUACAAAUGGCCUCUUUGGCUUUCCAGCGAUUUCCUACAGCCAAGCUUAAAGGGAGUGUCUGAAUUCCUAUCAUUCCCAUCAGCCCUUCCUUUAGCCUCUUCUCUUAGACUCCUGUCAUUUUGUUACAUAGUAAUCACAUCUAUUUCUAAGAAAGCUAGCUGGCUUGUGUGGAACCUCAGGUAUCAUUAAAAAAAAAAAAAAAAAAGCCAGAGCAGAGGGGCAGAUGUCCUCUCCCAGAUGCAACAGCCCACAAGCAGCCUUGGCAGUGACCACAAAUUGAAUUCUGCCAGCUCAAUAGACCUAGCUGACACCCCUUCCCCACCUUGCCCCUGCCCCCCGCCACCACCACACACAAGUACUGCAGGGCAUACUUUGUCCAAACCACUGGCCCUUUCCAGUUCUACCUGGCCCAGCCCUGCCCCUUUCCAAUCUGUCUCACGUUAUCCUUCGUGGCUCAUUCCUCAUUGAAACCUUUAGUGUUUGCAAGUUCAGAGUGCCCUCUGGAGCCCUGCUGCAGUCAGUGUGUCUGCUGCCUAGGGACAGCUUACACAGGGCCCUACUACAGUUUUAGGAGGCUACCACCAGUCAGCCUCCAUGCCAUUGAAAGCAAAAUGACCUGCCUUUUUAUUUGAUAGUAUAAUAUCAUUUAUUUUAAAAUUUUUAGAAUUUUUUUCUCACUGUAAUAUUAUUGUACAGUUUUGCAUGGCCUGGGUGCAAUCAUUUUUGUUUAGACUAUGAUGCUGACCAGUGUGUGCGUGGAAGGGAAGGCACUGCUUUGGCCUCUUAUUACUCAUUUGGUUUGGUUUCAUCCUUUGAUGUCUUAGGGAACUUCCUGAGAGAGUGUCUGCUACCGACUAUGACGUGGAUUCUUUUGCACAGAAUUAUUUAAGGUGGGAUAGUCAAAAAUGUAACAAAGAAUUUCUCACCAAUAUUUUAUGUUGGUGUCACCUAAUUAACCAGACUUUGAUGUACUGCAAUAAAAUAAGAAACUGUUA